CACCCGCGUCCUGCCAGAUCUUGGACCGAGCACGCGGCGUCUGGCGAUAAGCCGCACAGGCCCCGUCACACCUGCAGACCUGUGGCUGAGACAGAUCACUGAGACAGAUAGGACUCGAUUGCAUAAAUUCAAGCUGCCACAGGAGGCGGAAGAGAAAGGGAAUGAGGACAGCCGCUGAGGAUGAUGCUGGAGACGCCACGCGUGUUGGGCAAGCCCGAGCUGCUGCGCGGGCCUUACGGGCCAGGCAGCCGCAGUCAGACGCCAGCGCCGCCGAGCGAGAAGCGCGUAUAAAAUUGGAAGCGGCAGACAGAGCGCAUUCAGCGAAAUUAGUCUUGCAACCUCGCGGGCUGUAUGAACAACGCGGCACCUGUGCGCUCCACAUGUACAAUCGGUGCAGACUACGAUCGCCUACUCCGUAUCGCGCACAACGGCGUGCACCAACGGCCAGGAUCAUGCUGCACGCAUCGGCGCGCAGACUGGGCGCCGAAACGCAGCUGGCGCAGAGGGAAUGUCGCGACAAGCUCCUCGACCAGCGACCGCGGAAGAGACAUGGAGACGGCCCUCCCUCCCGCUCCUCCUGCCUCCGCUCUGCGCUGUGAAACAAUUAAGGAACACGGAGCCCCUCCACAACGAAAAGGGUUCCUUCUUCAGCGCACCGACUGUACCGCCGCCCUCACUGGCGGGGAACUCCCAUCCGCCGCUCGAGCGCCCAGGUCGGUCGCCCAGACGUCAUAGGGCAACGCGAGCUAUGGACAUGUACAGAUCCCGACGUCACCUGCCGACAUCCCAGAGGCUCGAGUCUUGGCACGCCCGAAGCGGGUACGGAACAUUCGGGCACGAUGCCCAACAGCAUGCGUUGUCCAACACCGACAUCCUGUUCGGGUGUGCCGUCGAUCUUGGUGACCAUUAUCUCCGUGCCGAAUUCGAUCAUACCGGAGGUCAUCCCGCCCCGGCGCUGGUCUUGCUUGUGCCCGGCCUUGCCAGCUUGCUCCGGCCCUUGCCGCCGCCGCGCGCGUCGACCGCGGCGGGCACUGGCGAUGCCCGCGGCCUCGAAGAGGCACCUCCGUCUCGCAGCGCCAUCGCCACCGCGUCCGCGGCGGCGAAGCCGCUGCGAAGGCACCCGCCGAAGCUGGACUCCGUAAAGUAGUCGCCCGCCAGCACCAGGGGCCCUGCCCCACCGUCCACGGCCAUGCACGGCCCCAGCUCGGCUGAAGGACUGAUCGACCUCGUGACCUGGCUCUGGAACCACGUGAUGGUCUUGGAGGCGAGGACUGCGCGCGAGAGCGGCGAGCGCAGGCCGAGCAGACUUCCGACCCGAUCCGACACCUCGCUCAGGAGCUCCUGGUUGCGACCAUUCGACCGCCGGUUCCGCCUGGCCCACGAGAGCGUCGUAUGCGCCACGAUCCCUAUGGCACCCUGGGGGCCCUGUCCACUGACGCUGGCAGUCUUGCGGGACUGGUAGCACAGGAGGUGCACGACGUCGUCGUCGACGACCUUCUCGAAGCUCUCAGGGCCGAAAACGCGUCGCAGCUGGCGGCCGCGCCCAUCGGCAGGAAGAACGCGUAGGACCAUCGCUCGUCGUGCUCUGCUCCCUGGAGCUCCCGGCUCUGGUCCGCGCUCAGGCGCGCCUCCCAGCUCCCGCGGAUCUUGCUCAGGUUGUCGCCGCCCGUGCCGCGGCCAGGCACGGCCAGGAUGACGGCGUCGAACUGGGCAGGGUCGCCCCGGAAGGGGCGCGCCCGCCAGAGGCCCGCCUGCGCGUCCAGGCUCGCAACGCGCCUCCCCGUCUUCAGCUCCGCACCCGCCUCCUCUCGGAUGCUCUUCAGCGCAUCGCUCACGCCGCCGGCGGUGCCGGCAAGAUGCCGCCAGCCGCUGGCUCCGCGCCGCUCGGGGGUCUGCGAGAGGCGGUCUGCAGAUACCUCUCGGGGACCACCCGAUGCUGGCUCGAAUCGCGGGGCCGGUUCGGCUCGGCAAUGGGUCGGGGGCCGCCCACCACUCGCCCCAGAAGCGGAUCGUAGCGGGACCGCCGCGCCUGGCCGAUGCCCGUGGUCCGAAGAGCGAACCGACGCGAGUAUCGCAACCGCGGGGCCAGCCGGCUGGACACCGACGUCGCGCCGCCAUGGGUUAA